CCUCUUUCUACGUUAAUAACAGCUGGGUGGCUGGGGGCGGGGGGGAAGGUGGCCCCAGCGGAGUCUGGGCGGGCGCCUCCCACUCACCCGCGAGCUGCCGUGGGAGCUAGAGGAUGGCGGCGGUAGCGGCGGCCGCCCGGGAGGAGGCGGUGCCGAGGCCCCGGGCGCAGAGCGCGGCGGCAGAGAGCGGCAGCGGCCCGUCGUCGGGCACCAGAACCGAAACCAGCGGCAGCCGCACAGCCACCUGAGCCGCCCCUUCCCGCCGGAGCCAGCGAGCCGCGCCCGCAGCUGGGCCCUCUUUCCUCUCCGCCUCUCCUCGUCUCUCGCGCCCCCGUCAGGCCGCCGGCCUUUCCCACCGCCCCCGAGAAGAAGAGCGCGCCGGGCGCCGAUCGCCCCUCGGGGCGCCUGGCGGCGGCCCUGGACGUGCGGGGGCCUUUCUGGGCCGGCCGCGGCGCCUCGGCCCUGCCCUUUCGCUCCUGCGCUCGCUCCCGCCCUCCCCGCGCUCGGAGCGCUGCGCGCGGGCCCGGCCCGGGGCAGGGCGGACAUGGGCGCCAAGCAGAGCGGCCCGGCCGCUGCUAACGGCCGCACCCGCGCGUACUCGGGCUCGGAUCUACCUUCCAGCAGCAGCGGAGGGGCCAACGGGACCGCAGGCGGCGGCGGCGGCGGGGCUCGGGCCGCGGCCACUGGGAGGUUUCCGGCUCAGGUGCCCGGCGCGCACCAGCCCAGCUCCUCGGGCGGCGCCGCGGCGGCCUCGGCGGCCCCGGCGGCCCCGCGCAGCCGCUCCCUCGGCGGGGCCGUGGGGAGCGUGGCGUCGGGUGCCCGCGCCGCGCAGUCCUCCUUCAACAUCCCCAAUAGCAGCAGCGGUCCGUACGGCUCGCAGGACUCGGUGCACAGCAGCCCCGAGGACGGCGGCGGCAGCAGGGACCGGCCGGCGGGCGGGGGCCCCGGCGGGCCGCGCCUGGUGAUCGGCUCCUUACCAGCUCACCUCUCGCCGCACAUGUUUGGAGGAUUUAAGUGCCCUGUAUGCUCAAAAUUUGUACCCUCAGAUGAAAUGGAUUUGCAUCUCGUGAUGUGUUUAACAAAGCCAAGAAUAACCUAUAAUGAGGAUGUACUGAGUAAAGAUGCUGGGGAAUGUGCAAUAUGCCUUGAAGAAUUGCAACAGGGAGAUACCAUAGCACGACUGCCUUGUCUAUGCAUAUAUCAUAAAGGCUGCAUAGAUGAAUGGUUUGAAGUAAAUAGAUCCUGCCCUGAGCACCCUUCAGAUUAAGCAUCAGAUUCCUGUUUUAUAGGUUUUCUUGUCUUUUCAAGAUGCUUGAAAAACUGAGAGGAUAUGAAGGCAUGUCUCUGGAAAAACAAAAACACGGGCAUACUCAUCCAGAAAUCUGAGUUAUGUGAGACUUGGUAAUACAGAGAUGGACAAUCAUACAGGAAGAAAGCCCUGCUGCAGAGAGGACAGUUAACACAGAACUCAGUGUACCAAACAUGCAUAUCAAGGACACACAGGGAUUUUGAAAAUGCUGCACAUCCCUUAUUAGUCAUCUACAUAGGUAAUACUGAUAAACAUUUUGUAUUCAGACACCAAAGUUAACUGAUUUAAAAGUUGAUUUACUUUUUAUUAAGUUCUCUAGAGCUGUGCAACUAGUUCUGUUUUGAUUUGUUUUGUCUUUUAGUUUGGGGUUUCUUUAUUUUCCCCAACAUAAUGUUUCUGCAUUCAUCUAUUCUUGAAUUGAAAACCACAUAAUUUACUUCUUAUAAACUAAAGUCUUAAAUGUGAAACCAAGAAAUGUAAUCAAGCAGUAAAAACAUUCUCUGAAUGUAGACCAUGAUCUCAAGUUCUUCCAUUUUUUUUCCCGUAAGAGUGGAAAAUAGACUUCUACAUAGGAAAGCUAAAAUAUGUUAAUAUUUUUAAAUUAAAGGUUUAAUAUUAUCAGAAUGCAGUCCAAAGAAUAAAUCAGGUUACAUAAUUACAUUUUAAUUAAUUAAAUGUAGAAUUAUCUACUGAAUUGCAAUGUAUUAAAUAUAUUGUUUCCUCUUAAAUAAAACUGCUCAACAUUUAAUCAGCAGUGAAUCAUCUUGCAGCUAUGCAACUUUUGAAAAAAUACAGAUUACCAAUUUUAAGUGUUGCCAGCUA